UCCCUCGACACAACAACAUCCGCCAUCUUUAGCUGACAGAGAAACUACUUAGAGAGUUGUGGCAAGAAAGUAGGUCAGGCGUUUGCAAACCAAAUACUUUUGAAUAUCUCCAGUCGUAAGCCUCUGAUUAGGAUUUGCUAGCCUCCCGACACAUCGUGUUGUCUUAUGUUCAAAUGUGCUUGAUCGGUUGGCCAGCUCGCACGCAAUUUUCUUGUGUUGGUCCCGGUUGACGUGAAAACCUUUUUUUUUUUUUUUUGCAAGCAACGACUGAAGCUGAAGGCCAGGAUGAAAAGAGGUCUUCAAGGGAACGAGGAGGAGGAUGGAGGUGGCACCAGUGCAGGGCCUCAGAAGGGUCUGAAACAGUCCCGCAAGCGCCGGACAGAGGAAGAGUGUGAGGAGGAGGAGGGGGGAGUACGCUGGGAGUGUCUUCCACAGGAGAUCCUGCUUCACAUUUUCCAGUACUUACCUCUGCUGGAUAGGGCUUAUGCCUCUCAGGUGUGCCGUGGCUGGAAUCAUGCUUUUCACAUGCCAGAGCUGUGGCGGUGCUUUGAGUUUGAGUUGAACCAGCCAGCCAGCUCCUACCUGAAGGCGACACACCCAGACCUCAUCAAACAAAUCAUCAAAAGGCACUCCAACCAUCUGCAGUAUGUCAGCUUUAAGGUGGACAGCAGCACAGAGUCUGCUGAGGCAGCGUGUGACAUCCUCUCCCAGCUGGUGAACUGCUCUUUGAAGACAUUGGGGCUCAUCUCCACCGCCAGACCCAGCUUCAUGGAGCUGCCCAAGUCUCACUUCAUCUCAGCACUGACGGUGGUUUUUGUUAACUCCAAGUCCCUAUCCUCCCUAAAGAUUGAUGAUACACCUGUGGAUGACCCCUCCCUCAAAGUUCUGGUGGCCAACAACAGUGACACACUCAAGCUGCUGAAAAUGAGCAGCUGUCCACACGUUUCACCUGCAGGUAUCCUGUGUGUGGCUGAUCAGUGCCACGGUCUGAGAGAACUAGCACUCAACUACCAUUUGCUGAGUGAUGAGCUGCUCAUCUCCCUUUCCUCGGAGAAGCAUGUUCACCUCGAGCACCUUCGAAUUGAUGUGGUAAGUGAGAAUCCAGGCCAGCAUUUCCACACCAUCAAGAAGAGCAGCUGGGAUGCCAUGGUGCGUCACUCGCCCAAGUUCAACCUGGUCAUGUACUUCUUUCUGUACGAGGAUGAAUUUGGCCCUUUCUUCCGCGAUGAAAUCCCUGUUACUCAUCUCUACUUCGGCCGCUCUGUCAGCAAAGAUGUGCUUGGCCGCGUCGGACUCACCUGCCCGCGUCUGGUGGAGCUGGUGGUGUGUGCCAACGGACUGCGGCCACUGGAUGAGGAGCUGAUCCGCAUCGCCCAGCGCUGCACCCAGCUGGCCGCUAUCGGCCUGGGAGAGUGCGAGGUGUCUUGCAGCGCCUUUGUGGAGUUUGUCAAGAUGUGUGGUGAUAGGCUGACACAGCUGUCCAUCAUGGAGGAGGUACUGGUUCCAGAUCACCGCUAUGGGCUGGACGACAUCCACUGGGAGGUGUCCAAGCAUUUGGGACGGGUCUGGUUCCCAGACAUGAUGCCCACCUGGUAGAGCAGAUGAAGGCGUAGGAUUUGGACGUGUAUGAGUUUACGUGUGUGGGUGUAUUUGUGUGAGAGAGAGGGAGAGAGGGAGGGGGAUGGAGAGGGAGCGAGAGGGAGAGAGAGUGAGAGAGUGAGAGAGAGAAUCUUCUGCUAUUUCCUCCCAGCUUUGUUUUACCAUUUCAUGUCUGAAGUGUUCAUGGGAGUCAAUAUUUCAGAGAAUAUUGCUUUUGGUAUGUAGACAGUUCCGUUCGCUACACCUCAGUCUGAGGAGUGGACCUGUGCAUCUCUCCUCUCCUCUGUCUUGGACUGGACUGCAGAUGAUUCCAGCUCCUGUUUUCUGAGGGGAGCUAUGUGUACAGUUGCUGCUCUUAUAUGAGUUGGGCCAUUAUCAUGUUAGUAUAUGAGAUGUUUGAGCAUCUUUUUCCCAUGUAAUAUACAUUAGCUACAUUUCUGUGUUGCCUGACCCAUGUUCCUAUCUAUAUUUGUAAAUGUCAAAUGUGUUGUUACUAAACAAAUGGGAGAAAGAUGUUUUAGUUCUGGACAUGUCAUGCAUAUAUCGUGAUAGUUUACUGAGUCUUACUGAUGCACUUUCCCCCUACUGAAGGAUCACAGUUUCAGUAAUGCCAGUAGGGCAUGAAAAUAACAGAACUCCCAGCCAAAAAUGGUGUUAGAUUUUGGCUGUUCUUGGUAAUUCAGUCUAUUCUACAAGACACUUUGGUGGGUAGCUAGUUUUCUUAAAACAAAUUGGGCUUGUAAGAAAUAAAAUUGACAGUUGAAAUCCUGCAUCUGCUAGCCACUUUGGACAGUUGAUAAAGAUAUACAUCCUGUCAACACUGCUAGGUUGUUUGUCAGUCCGACCUGUUUGUACCACAGCAUUUACCUGCACAGGAAUGGCUGCUGCGAAUGGACAAAUCUACUCUACUUGACAGCACAGUAGCCAUGCUAAGUCCAUAAGGACGACAGCUUGUUUAAAGGAGUACAAGAACUAUUCUAGUUUUAUGUAGUUCAGAAAUCCUCAGAUGAAAAUGUACGUAACACUAGUACAGGGCUGCACAAUUAUUGCCAACAUAGGGCUAAUGUCAGAUAUUUUUCCAAAUAUUCUGAGGCCAAACAAAAGUCAUAGGCUGACCAAGCACAAUGAAGUUUAGCUGAACAUUUAUACACACUCAUGUUGGCAGAAUAGUGUUCCUGGAGUAAUGAUUGUCAGUAUAGCAUAUGUAAGAUGAACCUAGCAGGACCGUGUCAAUCCAGAAACUACAUCACUUAUGGGGCAACUUUGCUAAUUGAAGAAUAUUUAUUAAAAUAUGAAAAUGAUAGCCUUAAUUGUUGGGGUGGUCAGGGGUAGGGGGGUUGGGGGGGUUGAAUAAUUGUGCAGCUCUAAAUAAAGUUUGGCAGCUGAAUGUUGAUGAAACUGAAUGUUUGCCUGAAUGUGUAGGCAUGAAGAAAGUUUCUAUUAAUGUCUUUUUGCAAUAGAGUGAAAGAACUGUGGGGAUAUGGCUUAAGGUGGACACAUCAAGGACAUUACCUAAGGACAAUGUAAAACACUCUGCCACACUUGUGCAAUGAAAGAAAUCUCUGAAGAAAUAUCUCAUAAGGAAAUACAUCGUUCUUUAGCAGGAUUAACAUUCAGUUCUGUAUUCCUUUUGUGUAUCUCAUUUCCAAAUGUUCAUGUAAAAACAUCACAACUUCACAGAAAUACUUAUACUUUAGUUACCCUUUGACAGGGACCCACUUUGUCUUAAUUACCCUUUCUUUGUCUAAAGUUCAGCAAAGCCUGGUAAUGGGCUUGACCCUUUUUUGAUUUACACUAUUACUGUAUAUUUAUAAACCCAUGCCAUCUACUGGUGAAUAUUUACUGCAUUUGUAUUAAUUGCCUAUAGAUGAUUGUUGUAAUCUUCAAAAAGUGGCAGAGUAACAGUUUGUAUAGAGUGUACAGUGUGGUGUUUCUAUUGUAUUUUAAGGCUGCAUUGAACUGAGAUGACGCAGUGUUGCAAAAGAAUAAUCACAAAUCAACCUCUUGUAUCUUUUCCAGAGAUACGUAGGAUACUGUAUGAAGUUCAUAGCCAUAUUAAAAAUGCCUAUUGGAAUACA